GAAGCCACAGCUCUAGAGCUCCCCCUUCUGUCAUCGCAGUUGAGAGAAUCGUGGACAAGCGGAGAAACAAGAAGGGGAAGACGGAGUACCUGGUUCGGUGGAAAGGCUAUGACAGCGAGGACGACACGUGGGAGCCGGAGCAGCACCUGGUGAACUGUGAGGAGUACAUCCAUGACUUCAACCGGCGCCACCCCGAGAGGCAGCGAGAGGGGACCCUGACCCGCACCAACAGGACCUCUCCCAACAAUGCCAGGAAGCAGAUUUCCAGGUCCACCAACAGCAGUUUCUCUAAGACCUCUCCAAAGGCCCUCGUAAUCGGCAAAGACCACGAGGCCAAAAACAGCCAGUUGUUCGCUGCCAGCCAGAAGUUCAGGAAAAACACAUCCCCAUCUCCCUCGAGCCGUAAGAACAUGGACCUUGCAAAGUCAGGUAUCAAGAUCCUUGUGCCUAAGAGCCCCAUUAAGAGCAGGACCCCGGUGGACGGCUUUCAGAGUGAGAGCCCUGAGAAACUGGACCCCGUGGAGCAGGGUGUGGAGGACACAGUGGCACCGGAAGUAGCAGCCGAGAAGCCUGUCGGAGCUUUGUUGGGGCCCGGUGCAGAACGAGCCAGGAUGGGGAGCAGGCCCCGAAUACACCCACUAGUGCCUCAGGUGUCUGGCCCUGUGACUGCAGCCAUGGCCACCGGCUUAGCUGUUAAUGGAAAAGGUUCCUCUCCGUUCAUGGACGCGCUAACAGCCAAUGGGACAACCAACAUACAGACGUCUGUUACAGGAGUGACAGCUGGGAAAAGGAAAUUUAUUGACGACAGAAGAGACCAGCCUUUUGACAAGCGGUUGCGUUUCAGUGUGAGGCAAACAGAGAGUGCCUACAGAUACAGAGAUAUUGUCGUCAGGAAGCAGGAUGGCUUCACCCACAUCUUGUUAUCCACAAAAUCAUCAGAGAAUAACUCACUCAAUCCAGAGGUAAUGAGAGAAGUCCAGAGUGCUUUGAACACGGCCGCUGCGGACGACAGCAAGCUGGUGCUGCUCAGCGCGGUGGGCAGCGUCUUCUGCUGCGGUCUUGACUUUAUUUAUUUUAUACGGCGUCUCACAGACGACAGGAAGAGAGAAAGCACUAAAAUGGCCGAAGCGAUCAGAAACUUCGUGAAUACUUUCAUUCAGUUUAAGAAGCCUAUUAUUGUAGCAGUAAAUGGCCCUGCCAUUGGACUAGGAGCAUCCAUAUUGCCUCUUUGUGAUGUGGUUUGGGCUAACGAAAAGGCUUGGUUUCAAACACCCUAUACUACCUUCGGACAGAGUCCAGAUGGCUGUUCUACCGUUAUGUUUCCCAAGAUUAUGGGAGGAGCAUCUGCAAAUGAAAUGUUGCUCAGUGGGCGGAAGCUGACCGCACAGGAGGCUUGUGGCAAAGGCUUGGUCUCCCAGGUGUUUUGGCCGGGGACCUUCACCCAGGAAGUCAUGGUUCGGAUCAAGGAACUGGCCUCGUGUAACCCAGUGGUGCUGGAGGAGUCCAAGGCCCUCGUGCGCUGUAACAUGAAGAUGGAGUUGGAGCAGGCCAACGAGAGGGAGUGUGAAGUGCUGAAGAAAAUCUGGGGCUCUGCCCAGGGCAUGGACUCCAUGUUAAAGUACUUACAGAGGAAAAUCGAUGAGUUUUGAUCAGCAGGCCGCGUGCCAGCAACACUGAAACUGGUCUGAGCAGGACAUCGGCGGCUCCCAGUUGCCAGGAUCCAUCCUCACAGCCUGAAGCAAGUUUACCUGUAGCACACGUUAGAAGCAGGGCUGGGAACAUCCAGGCUAUUUAUUAUCGAGGAGUUUUUAAGUACUGUAACUUUCAAAUAAAUAACUACAAAGCUCCUUUGUGCAAACGUCAUUAUUUUAUACUUAUAUACUCACGAGUAUAAAAGUAUAAUGGAGAGCACUAGGCUGCUCUUGGACGCUCUAACUUUUGUUUUCUUUGGCUAGUACUGUAUAAAAGAAGAAUUGUGUUGUAUUCAUUUGGGGUGAUAGAAAGUCUGGAAUAAUGUUUAUUUUCCUCAUUUUUUUACAAUUUUCCUUCUCGAACACAGAAUCUAACGGGGUAUUAGCCAACCUCAUCUCCCCCUCCCCCAAAUAGAGAUACAAAAAGACCUGAGACAUUCCUUUGUCUCCAAGGGGAGAGGUACAGAUACCUCAGAGAUGGAAAAUUCUAAAUCAAAAGUAAGACUUACCUUUAAGGAAAAGUAGUUCCGCUGAAAGACAUAAACAUGCACUUAGGAUUUAUGCUGAGAUGUUGAUUGAUUCUUCUUUCUUCUUAUGCCUAGUUCUUACCCAGUUAACAUGAAGAAACCACUCUCUCCAAGAAAGCUUGUUUUACAGUAUUAGUGAGUCACUGAAUAGCCUCAGUAUGAGUAUCUAAGUUAUGAGUUAGUCUUAGUGGGUUUUAAAUAGUUCCUCUGACCCUUUGGGAAAAUAACUACAUAAGCACUUCUUGUUGCUGGGUGAGAAACACUCUGUUAUAUACAGUUUUUGGUUUUCUAUCUGCAGAUAUGACUGAAUUACACCAAAAAAAAAAGUAUUUUUAUGUUUAUAAAGUGUAAUUUUUAGGUUCACUUAGAAUAUAUUUUAUUUAAUAAGUUAAAAUUCUUUUGGCACACUAUUAAAUACAGAAACUCCUUUCCAAACAAGAAAGAACUACCUUAUAUUCAACAUUUAAUGUUCUUGGUCUCUGCUUUUAUGUCUCCACCACAUCCUGAAUACAGUUCAGUGUCCCAGAGUGCCCUGUGUGGACGGGGACGCGCAUUCCUUUCAGGAGUGGGGACUGAUUCCUGACGACAGACGCCUGUUAGUAGUAAGGCUUCUGGGCUUGCAAUCAUAUUGAAUGUAUGAAGAAUGAAAUAAAAUCAAAACCUUAUUUUUGUACAGUUUUGAAGUUUAUACUUAGAACUGACCCCCGCCCCAGCCACGCGGAGAACUGUACAGUGUGUAAAUCUGCCUUUACUUGGAUUGAUUGGUACAGUAUUUUUGCAUCUGUGGGACCUACUUUUUGUUCAGUAGUUUGAACUAUAUAUAAACUGUACAAUCUGUAAAGUUUUUAUAGAAUAAAUAUUCAGCUGU